GACACUUAUUUGGUUAAAUUGUUGAUUUGUUUACUGGUAAAACUUGUCAUUCUCCUCCCUCCAUAUGCACUUAUCUUUCUUUCUUCCAUCGCAUAGCAAAUUUAUUCCCCAUUGCCGGUCAAUCUUAGAGAUCUCAUCGACCGGCUCAUUGGAGAUCUACUAAUCAAGUGCCUUCAAAAUCCAUAUCAAAUCCUUCUAUCGUAUUUUAGAAUUGGAUAGAUUAAUUUGUUGGUAAAUCAAGGUACUCGUAUUUGAUUUUCCACAAACAGUUAAAAAAAAUGUCUGAGAGUAGAGCUGGUCGUAUCACUGAUAACAUUCGUAAUAUGGUUCCUAGCUUGUAUCCUACGCACACGCCCUCAAAGCCCUCAAUGUUUAGAGUUGGUGAUCAUUUACGCAGCAUAAACCCAGAGGCUUACGAUCCAAAAAUAAUAGCCAUUGCCCAUUUCACCACAAUAAACCUCACUUGCAGAACAUGGAGCAACACAAACUCAGUUAUCUAGGGAGUCUGCUUGCAAGAGGAAGCGAGCCGAAUGCAUUAAUAUGUGUUACCACAAUAAUGCAAUUCGAAGACAGGGCACGGAAAUGUUACGCUGAAGACAUCCACCUUGAUGACGAUGAGUUUGUGCAAAUGUUGGUUCUUGAUGGUUGUUUUAUCAUCGAAUUUUUCCUUAAGUUUCAAUCCGAUGAAUUCAGAGAUGACGCCAUUUUACGGAUCUUCCGGAAGUCCCUAUUGUUAUUCCCCAUCUUCUUGGGAUUGCACAUCACAUACAGUGUUCUUCAUCUGCAAGUUUAUUAACUCAAAGGAAUUCUAUAUAACAUGGAGAAUAUACGUUCAGCUGUAGAGCUCGAGAAGGCAGAGAUUUCCUUCCAAAAGUGGGAAGUCAAUAGUUUUUUUGGUAUUGAAUUCGAAAAUAAAGUUAUGAAGAUUCCAGAAUGGAAAAUUUCUGGUUCAACAGAAUCAUUGUUCCGAAAUCUGAUUGCAUAAGAGCACUACUACACAGGCAGUCCUCAAAAAUGUGUGACGGACUAUAUAUUCUUCAUGCAUUGUCUCGUCCGUUCCCCUGAAGAUGCAGAAGUGUUGCAACGUUCAGAAAUCAUUAGCAACUUUUUGGGGAGCUAUGAAAUGGUUUAUCUUGUAAUCAACCAGCUAGGCAAGGGUCUCAUAAGUUCUGAUGAGUUUCCAUAUUCUCGUAUUUUCUCCGAUGUAAAUGAUCAUUGUGCCAAAAUA